AUGAUGAUGUCUGGCUCUCAGACGGUCAGUCUCCUGCUGCCGGCUGAUGAAGCUGGAGGUCUGUAUAUCCUGAUGCUCGUCUCGUUGUUCCCGCUCUACUACUGGAUCCUGAAAGCAGAGAGUCCUGAAGAUGAGCUGAAGGAUUUCUCAUUCGUCUGCCAUCGUCCCGAACUGCUGGAAAUACCGCAGGAGGAAACCAAAUUCAGCAAAACUGAGCUGCAGUUCCUCUACAGGGGCUUCAAGAACGAGUGUCCCAGUGGAUUUGUGAAUGAGAAAGUGUUUAAACUCAUUUACUCUCAGUUCUUCCCUCAGGGAGAUUCACGUGUUUAUGCACAUUUUCUGUUUGAGGCUUUUGAUACGAACAGAAAUGGCUGUCUUAGUUUUCAGGAGUUUGUCGCUGGUCUGUCGCUCAUCCUCAGAGGCUCCAUGUAUGACCGGCUGAACUGGGCCUUUAAUUUCUAUGACCUCGAUAAAGAUGGAUUCAUCACCAGAAAGGAGAUGAUGAACGUCAUGAAGUCGAUAUAUGAUAUGAUGGGGAAAUAUGUGCAUCCGGAGAUUAAUGAAGAAACAGCCAGAGAACAUGUGGAAAACUUCUUUCAGAAAAUGGACAGAGAUCGAGAUGGAGUGAUCACUAUUGAGGAGUUCAUGGAGUCCUGUCAGAAGGACGAGAACAUCAUGCGGUCGAUGCGGCUCUUUGACAGCGUCUUCUAGAAGUUUCUGGAUUUAUCUCUCUCCUGUAUAAAUAUCUCAUUUAAUUUAGAGACACAAGAUAUGGACUUCAUCUGUGGGAUCUUCUUCCCUGAACACAGAGCUAAUAGACAUCUCACACCUCUAUAUACCGCUGUUUGGACUGAAGAUUGUCAUUGCGCAAAACACAAACCUCUUUUUCACUCUGUUAAAUUGCAGCCAUUUGCUAUAAUCAUUAAUUUUUCCUCAUUAAUGUCCACACAACACCCCAUAUUGACAGAAAAACACAGAAUUGGGGACGUUUUUGCAGAUUUAUUAAAAAAAGAAACACUGAAAUAUCACAUGGUCAUAAGUAUUCACAGCCUUUUAAAGUUGUCUCCUAUUGAAGACAGAAUAAUACUGGAGUUUUACAUC